GUUUGCCAAGGCUCAAGAAAUGAUAGCAACAAAUUAUGGUUGCCACAAAAUUUAUCAAGGUCCUGGUGAUCUGCAUCAUGGCUUACGCCGCCAACGUCGAAGCUCGUGAAUCCUCCACUUGUGCAUUUUUCAUUGAGUCCCAUUGCGGUGAUUGUGAUCAACUGACCACGCAAAUGGGUAAGCGUGAAUGCUUGCAGGAGUGUAUUUCUGAUAAUAAUGGUGAUCAGAGAUGCUUGCAGGCACGCCUUCGUUUGGGUAAAAACGAAGAAAAGGCGCAGAAGAAGCAGAAGAACCAAAAAUGCAAUGCCUUUAUCACAUUAAAUUGCGAGUGUCCAGAUCUAAUGGGUGCCGAGAAUAAAAGCUGUAUUGCUGAGUGUAUAGAAGGCAAGGACUCGGAUGAUAUCUGUGAAACGAGAGUUGCACGCAUGGAGAAUCAGGCUGAACGUCAGGCUAACAGGGAAUUGAAUCAGAAGUGCAAUGCGUACAUCAAACUCAACAGUGAGUGCUCUGGAUUGCGUGGAGCCGAACGUACGAUUUGUAUCUCUACUUGUGCAGAAUCUCGGGACUUCUGUGCGGCAAAACUGCAACGUAUGGAGAAGCGAUCAGCCAAGAAAGUGGCGAAAGCGGCCACAGAGCUCGCCAACAAGAAGUGUAAUGCUUUCAUCACUUUGAGCUGUGAGUGUACCGGAAAGAAGGGUGCAGACAAGAAAGACUGCAUCUCCGCAUGUAUCGCCGAUCAGGAAAUGUGCGAAGCUAAAGUACAGCGCAUUCUGAAGCGAGCCAACUGGGUCGCCAAGAAGAUGGAGAAUAAAAAAUGCAAUGCAUUUAUUAAAUUGAACUGCGACUGUACUGACACCACGAAGGGUGUCGAGAGGGUUGAAUGCCUCAGUAAAUGCAUCGAAGGUGAGGAUUCUGAUGAUCAUUGCAAGUCCAGAACUGAGCGUUGGAACUUGAGAGCCGAAAACAAAAUGUGCAAAGUGUUCAUCAAGGACAAUUGCGAAUGUGACGAGCACACUGGCGAUGAUAAACGCGCAUGUGUAUCUGAGUGUAUUAAUGAAGAGGAUUCUGAUGAUGUAUGCGCAAAAAUGAUUGCAUGUCAAGAAUUUGUUGUCAGCAACUGCGAAGAUUGCCUGGCUUUGGAGAAUGGUACGGGCAAACAGAAGUGCAAGAAGCAGUGUAUUAUGGAGGAAGACACGGAUAAUAUGUGUGAAUUUCAGCAGAUGAAAUACGGCCAGCAGAUGUUCAGCAAAUGGAAUAUGAAGCAGAAUGAGAAGAAGCAAGAGAAGAAACAGCAACGCCAAGCGAAGAAGGAGCAGCGACAAGCGGAAACGCAGGCCAAGAAGGAAGAAACAAAGAUAUAAAUAUUGCAAUGCCCGUGGAUAUUGUAAAUCUGAAUCCGAAUGAAAUGACGCAUAGCUUGGUAGGCAAAUGCGAAGUAGGCAGUUGACUGCAAACCCAAGACAUCCGGGUCAAUACUCGAACUGGGUUCGAGCUGUCUAUUGUCCAUUGGUACAUCUAAAAUAAAGUGCUUCACUAUGUUUGUGGUAGAACAAAUUGUAUCAAUUUCUGGAUCACUAUACUUCAAAUUGGUAUAUGUUGGCAGACGCGCUGCUCUGAUUCAUUUUUACGAACAUACAACCAAUAAAGCAUAAGUGUAGGUUGCAGUGGCGGCCUGGUAUACCACGCACAACUACAUUUUACAAUUUCACAAUACUAGUAAUAGUUGCCAGCGUAUAUAUGGCCGACGUAGACUGGUGCUUACGAACGUUACAUCUAAACUAAUAUACAACACCAAAAAGCUUCUUAAAUAUGCAUUCUAGCUCAAUACAAUGCAAACUGCCCC